GGCGCUCCGAUUCAACCCGCUGACUGCAAAGCAUUUUAGCAACGGGAGGGAGACGCCCGUUCCCUUUCCCUGCUCUCUGUGCCGAAGGCCUACAAAGUAGCACAGAGCUGGACUGAUGAACGGAACUCUCAUCGCAGGGACACCCAUUGCGGUGGAUUUUUGGAAUAUCAGAAAAGCUGGGAGGGCUCGUUUGUUCUUUCUUUCUCACAUGCACAGUGACCAUACAGUGGGGCUUUCCAGCACGUGGAACCGGCCUAUUUAUUGUUCUCCGGUAACUGGUCGAAUUCUGCAUCUUAGACUGAAGGUGGCUGAAAAAUGGAUCCGCCCUCUGGAAGUUGGAGACAGCCAUGUCCUGGCCUUAGAUGAGAUGCAGAGAGAGACCAUGACUGUGACCCUGAUAGAUGCCAACCACUGUCCUGGAUCUGUCAUGUUCCUUUUUGAAGGUUACUUUGGUGUCAUCCUUUACACAGGUGAUUUCCGCUACACUCCCAGCCUGCAACAGGAACCAGCUCUGAAGAACUCAAAGCUUAUCAGCAGCCUCUACCUGGACAAUACCAACUGCCACCCCAAUAUUGUCAUACCAUCCCGGCAAAAGGCCACUGAACAGAUCAAAGAGGUGAUCAGAGCCCACCCCCAUCACCAGGUUAAGAUUGGUACUUAUAGUUUAGGAAAAGAGUCGCUUUUGGUGGAACUGGCCAAGGAAUUUGGCACCUGGAUUGUGGUAAGUCCCCAGAAACUGGAACUUAUGAAACUGCUGGAGAUGGAGGAUGUGUUCACCUCUGAGGAAGGAAUGGGUAGGAUUCAUGCUGUGGAUUUUUCAGAAAUCCGCCAAGCAAAUAUGAAUUGCUGGAACCAGAGCCAUCCGACCAUAGCUGUUCUCCCUACCAGCCGGCCGCUGAAGUUCCAGCACCCUGACAUCCACGUUGUUCCAUACUCAGACCACUCAUCUUUCCAAGAGUUGCUGGAAUUUGUAGCUUGGCUAAAGCCCUGCUCUAUAAUCCCAGUGGUAAAGAAAGAAGAAUUUCAGAUGUAUUUCCAACAAUAUUUGACAGCUAAAAACUGCACACCACUGGAGCCCAAAGUCCCCGAAUCAGUGAAAGUAUUCAUGCAGCAAGGAAACAGUAAGUGGGAAAGGCCCUCAAAACAGCUGAAACUGAGUAUCUCUCACCAUGUACCCAAAGGGGUUUGCUUUGACCCCCCAGAAAUAUGUAGCAGUGAGAGUGAAAAUGGCUGUGAUGCAGAGAUUUCCCAGCAAAGCUGCCCAGAGCCCAUGGAGAAAGCUGUGCCUUGCUCUCAAUCUGGCUGUGUUGAGGAGGACCAAAAAGACAUAACGGCAAAACAAGAAAACGUUGAGAGCCAGAGAGCAAUAACGUCUGAAUCUACGACAUCUUCCAAACAUCAGCUGAAUGGCAGUGGUGUCAAUCAGUGUCAAAAAUGCCAGGCAACUGUGACAUUGAAACACACAAAUACAUUGUCCUGGUUUGAAAGGGAUGCAGAAAGAACGCUUUGUUCCUCUGUAGGCAGUGAAUGUAUGGGGAAUCUGGCCUUGGAGAACCAUGUUCCCUCAACAUCACAUGCUGCUCAGAUUGAUACACGUGACCCGUUCGCCUCUCCAGCAGAUGUAACAUUCCAGCCUGUCAAUGAACAGGCUUCCCAAGGUCUCCUUCAGGAAUAUGAUUUAUCUCCGCUCAACAUCCCAAAGCAACUUUCUCUCCAACAGUUUGACUGGCAAGUAGAUAACUACUUGAAAAAAGGAAAAGACACAAAAUGGAAUAAUGAGGAAGGCAAUCUGCAGUUGGAAUAGCAGAACUAGCAGCAGCCA